CUGUGCCCGCGCUUCCGCCGCUCUAUGGCCGCGGCCGCUGGCUCCGGAUGCCGGGAGGACACUCUGCGCAGGCGCGGCGGGGCCGCCAUGGUGGGGACCGGGAGCGCCGCCGCCGCCGCCAUGGCGGGGACCGGGAGCGCCGCCGCCGCCGCCGCGCGCGGGCUGGCGUGCCCGGGAGUGGGAGCGCGCAUGGGAGGGUGGAGGCGGCUGCUGGGCCCCAAGGAGACACUGAAGAUGUUGGAGGGAUCCGUGGUGCACCGGGAAGGAGCCCUGCUGGCACUGAACAAGCCCCCGGGCCUCCCCGUUCUGGGGCGCCCUGGGGACCUGAGCCUGGAUGCGCUGCUGCCAGCACUGAGACGGUGCCUGGGCCUCGCUGCUGAGCUCCACGUGGUGAAGGCUCCUGCCAGGGAGUAUUCUGGCCUUGUCCUCCUGUCCAGCUGCUACCACACCACUAAGAAGCUCCAACAGUUCUUCACCAAUGCUCGCUGGAAAGGCCAGUAUCCUGCCACAUAUCGUGCCAUCACAGUGGGAGUCCCAGAGGAGAUGGAGGGUGAGAUCUGCACUGGGCUGCGCUGGCAGCAGCAGGAGGACAGAGCUGUGGUGGUGGCAAUGCCAGCCCCCGGACGCCGCAGCCUGGCCAGGAAGGAUGUGAAGAACACCCUGACACGCUACCGGGUGCUGAGCGCCGUGGGGGGCUGUGCCCUCCUCCAGCUCCAGCCCAGGACUGCCUUUCCAGAGCAGCUCCAGGUGCACCUGACACUGCUGCUGUGCCCAGCCCUGGGUGACCACAAGCACUCUUCCCAGGUGGGCAAGGUGCUGGGAGUGCCCUUCUUUCUGAGCCCUGAGACCGCCCCAAGCCGCACACAGGUACUGGACGAGGAGCUGCUGUCCCGGCUGGGGCUUUCUCCACAGCAGCUCCAACACCUCCCACUCCACAUCCACCUGCAGGAGUUAGUGCUGCCCCAGGGCCCCCUCUGUGCCCCACCACCACCCUACUUUCUGCACACUCUGCGCUGUCUGGGGCUGCCUGAGCACUAGGAGCCCAAGUGCUGCAGGGGGACACCCACUCCACCCUCUGCCAUCCCAUUAAAAUCCCCCCCUGCUGCCUGCA